ACUUACUCUGUGAACUUGGCAUGAGGCCAGCUAUAUUCUCUCCGCGGCCUUAGGAAGGCAGGCAAUGCAUCCUUCGGAUAAAAAAAGCGCCGCCAUCCCUUCCGUUGGCCUGAGACGAGAUUUUUGAAAAAAAACAACAACUACUACCUAUAAAGGAGCGAAGCGAACGCCUAAGUCUCGCCCCGACAAGGUUUGGAUGAUCUGGAAAAGGACCUACAGCGAGGGUGAGACCGAGGCUCCCGCGGACUUCCUCUCGGAUCUGGGCGCAUCCUUCCCCGCUCUCUGUCUCUCCCUCCCAGGCUGGGAAGCGGGUAUUACUUUCUACGCCGGUCCGGUCCACAGGCAGAGAGGAUUAGGAGGAGGAGGAGGAGGAGCGGCGGCUCUUUUUGUCUUUUCGCGCAGCGUCCGGCGGUCCAGAUGCUGAAAGGUUGACUCCGGGAGGCUCAGGGAAGCCUUUUUUCUUUUUUUUUCUUUUCCCCUCGGCAAAGCGCGAAGGCGCCGGUGGAGAGGAAAACGGCGCGUCCGAGGAGCUUUCCGCAGCCGCCCAGGCAUCUCGACGCGCUUCAAUCUCCCAGCCCGGUUGUCCUCCCUCAUGCGCUGCGCAGCCUGAAUCAUGAGGCGUCUCUUUUCUUCUUCUGCCGGGCUUCUCCUCCGACUGCUGCGCCAGAGAGAGAAACCCAGGCGGGCGAGAAGGGGAAACCUCCCGCUCCCUUGACCGAAAGGCGGCUGCUGUUGCUGCUACCUGCCGCCUCUCCUCGCGCUCUACUAACCCGCCUCGGCGUUAUUCUGGCGGGCUGCGUCGGCUUCUUCUCUCCCCCUCCCCUCCCCUUCCCGCCCCUAUUUCCCAUGCUGAAGGGCUCCCCUCUCGCGCUCUCCCCGCUCGCUUUGUAAGCAGGCGCCUCUCCUUCGCUGUGGUGGCUCUCCUCGUUUUCGGCUGAAGCUCCCCUUCGUCGGAGUUGAUCCGGCUGGCCGGGGCGAAGCGCCCCCUUCGCCUUCCACGCGCCCAGACGCUCCUGAGGCAGCCUCGCCACGGGUGUAUGUGCGGCGCGUGCCUCCCUCUUUUUUUUUUUUUUUAAGCCUUAAAGUUUUUUUUUUUAGGUUCUCCUCACCUCACCUUCUUCCUUCGGCAGCGACUCUCCUCCUCCUCCUCUUCCUCCUCCUCCUCCUCCUCCCCUUCCCAGACAGACCCACAUUUCUAGGCAGCCAAUACCGGGCUUGGCAGCGGAGAGGGCUGACUCGGCGGCGGCCACUUUUUUUCUUUUUCUUUUUUUUUUAAUCCCUUUCCCUCUCUCCUCGGACUCUUCUUCUUCUUCUUCUUCUCGGGGAGGCUCCGGAGCUCUUUGCCCGAAGCCGGGAAGCUACGAACCGAAGCGGGGUGUGUGUGUGAAGAUGAAGGGCGCCGGAGACGGCGUUUAGGCUCUCCUGGGAGGCGAAGCCGCCUGUGGAACGGCCGCUUUGGCGAGGGAACCAGCACGACUUUGGGGCUUUGGGGCGACGGUUCUGUGGAGGCGGCUACAUUUGGAGAGGUUUUAUCUGCAGUUUUGUGAUAAUGGAACACAAAUUACAGAAAGUCAUCUCAUUGUGAACUUCAACCAGCAUCAUGUCUCCUAAAACCUGGAAUGAUGCCUUCAGUGGAAUAAUAAGUAUUUGGGAUUUUUCAACUAAAAUAGGCCAAAGUAUUCUUCACAUCCUUACUAAAUCAUCUCUUUAUCUUGACAACGAAGAAAAAUAAGAAUGAACUAAAGAAUGUCUCUAAAGGCAAUGGAACAACAGCAUUUUCUGGGAAGUGGAGUAAUCCUAAACAGUUCAGCUUUCUCUUGAUUGAAGCGUGACAUAAAAUGCUACAGCAGCCUGGCUUUUCAAAAUGGUUAGCGAUAAGCAUUGCCGUUUCAGUUGCCUUCAUAGAUUGCUUGGCCCAAAAUGAUGAUGACUGGCAGUAUGAGGACUGCAAGUUGGCCAGGGCAGGACCUCCAGCAACAAUAGUUCCAAUUGAUGAAGAAAGUCGGAAUGGCACAAUCUUGGUAGACAGCAUGUUGAUCAAAGGAACAGCAGGAGGACCUGAUCCCACUAUUGAACUCACAUUAAAGGAUAACACAGACUACUGGGUCAUUUUAGAUCCUAUCAACCAGAGACUUUAUCUCAACAGCACUGGACGAGUUCUGGACAGAGAUCCACCAGUGUCCAUUCAGUCUAUUGUAGUCCAAGUCCAAUGCAUUAAUCGAAAAGUAGGAACUAUUAUCAACCAUGAAGUUCGGAUCGUGGUGAGGGAUAGAAAUGAUAACUCUCCCCAGUUCCAGCAAGAACAGUACUAUAUUACAGUGAAUGAGUUAACACCAGUUGGAACCACGAUCUUCACCGGAUUCUCUGGAAACAGAGGUGCCACAGAUAUCGAUGAUGGACCCAAUGGCCAGAUAGAGUAUGUCAUCCAAUACAAUCCCAGCGAUCCAACAUCAAAUAGGACUUUUGACAUCCCUCUGACAUUGUCGGGAGCAAUAGUUUUGCGUGAGAGAUUAAAUUAUGAAGAAAAGUCACGUUAUUUUGUCAUUGUCCAAGCAAAUGAUCGAGCUCAAAAUCUUGUGGAACGAAGAACAAGCACGACGACUCUCACUGUUGAUGUCCUUGACGGGGAUGACCUUGGACCAAUGUUCCUUCCAUGUAUAUUAGUUUUUAACACUCGGGACUGCCGGCCACUCACUUAUCAAGCUAGUUUGCCAGAACUCACUGACCCUGCACGGGUAAACCCAAUCAAUGUUACACCACCAAUACAAGCUAUAGAUCAGGAUCGCAACAUCCAGCCUGCUUCUGAUCGCCCAGGAAUACUCUAUUCCGUCUUAGUUGGGACUCCUGAGGAUUAUUCCCAAUAUUUCAGUAUGAAUGCUACCACUGCUAAACUCAGCCUUCUAAAGCCGAUAAACAGGGACUUUCAUCAGAAAUUUGAUUUGGUUAUUAAGGCUGAACAAGACAAUGGCCAUCCUCUCCCAGCCUUUGCUAAUCUGCAUAUUGAAGUUUUAGAUGAAAACAAUCAGAAACCUUUCUUCACCAAAUCAACAUAUGAAGGCUUUAUUUCAGAAUCUUCCCCUGUCGGUACAACUAUUUCUGAUAACCAGAACUUGACAUCUCCACUGCAGAUCAUAGCUUUAGAUAAUGAUGUUGAAGAGACAAAGGACCCACUGCUCCACCUGUUCCUAAAUGACUACAAUACAUUUUUCACUGUGACUCAGACUGGAAUAGCCCGCUAUCUCACCUUACUUCAGCCAGUUGACAGAGAAUUUCAGCAGCUAUACACAUUUUCGAUUACAGCUUCUGAUGGGGUACAAGAAAGUUUUCCAGUCACAAUCAAUAUUUUUGUGCUUGAUGCAAAUGAUAAUUCUCCAACCUUCUCAAACAUAUCAUAUAAUGUGAAGAUCUAUACAGACAUGAGGCCUGGAGAAAGCGUUAUCAAGCUUACAGCCAUGGAUGCAGAUGAAGGUCCAAAUGGACAGAUUAGAUAUGAAAUCUUGGCUGGUGACCAGGGAGACUUCAUAAUCAAUGAUAAGACAGGCCUUAUCACCAUUGCACCAGCAAUUACACUGGUAGUAGGUCGAUCCUACGCCCUCACAGUCAAAGCAUCUGACAGGGCUCCACUGGCACAGAAAAGGAGUUCCAUCACUACAGUUUACAUUGAGGUACUUCCUCCUAACAAUCAAAGUCCACCUCGCUUCCCUCAACAGAUGUACAGUCUUGAACUCAGUGAAGCCAUGCGAAUUGGUGCCAUUUUGCUAAAUUUGCAGGCAACUGAUCGAGAAGGUGACCCUAUAAAAUACCUCAUACAAAAUGGAGACCCCCAACAUGUAUUUAAUCUUUCUGAAACAUCCGGGCUGCUAGCCUUAGGAAAGCCUUUAGACCGAGAAAGCACCGAUCGCUACAUUUUGAUUGUUACAGCCUCAGAUGGCCGACCAGAUGGGACCUCAACUGCUACGGUGAAUGUGGUUGUAACAGAUGUAAACGAUAAUGGGCCAGUCUUUGAUCCCUUUCUUCCAAAAAAUUUUACAGUACAAGAAGAAGAAACCAAUGCAUUUGUGGGUCAAGUGAGGGCUACUGACCCAGAUGCUGGAGUAAAUGGCCAAGUCCAUUAUAGUUUAGCAAACUUUAAUAACGUUUUUCGCAUAACAUCCAACGGUAGUAUUUACACUUCAGUGAAACUAAACAGAGAAAAAAAAGAUUAUUAUGAACUCAUUGCUGAAGCCACAGAUGGAGCCGUGGAUGCACGUCGUACAACAUUAACUCUGGGAAUCAGAGUCCUGGAUAUUGAUGACAACAGUCCUGUGUUCACAAAUGCCUCCUAUACUGUUACAAUUCCUGAAAGCUUGGCCCCAGGCACAGUAUUCCUUCAUUUAGAGGCUAAGGACGUUGACCUUGGUUCCAAUAUUACCUAUGGAAUACGAAGUCAGGGACCACUCCAGUUUUUUGCAUUGAACAAAUUUACAGGCGAACUGUCACUUCGAAAGUCCUUGGAUUUCGAAUCUUUUUCUGGCACAGAAGCAACAUUCACUUUUUUAGUGGAAGCCUUGGAUGUCGGAGGAACGAUGCCUCCAGGCCUUGCUACUGUGACUGUGAGAAUAAAGGAUAUGAACGAUUAUUCCCCAGUAUUUAGCAAAACUCUGUACAGGGGCAUGGUUGCUCCUGAUGCGAUCAAGGGCACCGUUAUCACAAUGGUAGAAGCAGAAGAUCAGGACCCACCGGGUACACCAGCAAGUCAUGUACGAUAUAAAGUAGAUGUUGUCCGGUUCCCAUAUAGUGCAAGUAUCUUUGAUGUUGAAGAAGAAUCUGGACGCGUAGUAACCAGAGUGAAUCUUAAUGAAGAACCUAGUACAUUGUUUAAGCUGGUGGUCAUUGCCUAUGAUGAUGGGGAUCCGGUGAAGUUUAAUACAACCACAGUAGAAAUUUCCGUAUUGCAACCCUCCGUAAUUCCACGUUUUACCCAGGAUGAGUACAGGCCCCCACCUGUGCGUGAAGGUGCUCCCAAAGGAACCCAAGUGAUUGUGGUAACCGCUGCUGCCUUGAAUCAAACAAUUGUCUAUUCCAUUGUUUCAGGAAAUGAAGACGGAGUGUUUGCCAUUAACAAUAGGACAGGAGUUAUCUCCAUUCAAAAAUCUCUGGAUUAUGAAACUGCAAAAAAAUAUUUGCUUCGAGUACAAGCAGAUUCCUUGAUAGUAGUCCGUUCUAAUUUGCCAGUGCCAUCCAAAAGCAAUACUGCAAAGAUAUUCAUUGAGGUUCAGGAUGAAAACGAUCAUGCUCCUAUCUUCACAAAAAAAAUUUAUAUAGGAGGUGUCUCUGAAGACGCUAGAAUGUUUUCUUCCGUGAUCAAAGUGAAGGCUCAUGAUAAAGACACCGGCAACUAUAGUGCCAUGCAGUAUAGACUCAUCAUCCCUCCAAUCAAAGAUGGCAAGGAAGGCUUUGUGAUUGAACCGUAUACAGGACUGAUCAAAACAGCAAUGCUGUUCAAAAACAUGCGACGAUCUUAUUUCAAGUUUCAGGCCAUCGCAACAGACAAUUAUGGAAAAGGGUUGAGCAACAAAUCAGAUGUACUUGUCUCAGUAGUCAACCAGCUGGAUAUGCAAGUCAUUGUGUCAAAUGUUCCUCCUACUCUUGUAGAACAAAGCAAAGAUCAGCUUAUAGGGAUUUUGGAACGCUAUGUUCAAGACCAGAUUCCUGGUGCAAAAGUGGUGGUGGAAUCCAUUGGUGCUCGCAGAUAUGGUGAUGGAUAUUCAGAAGAAGAUUAUUCCAAAUCUGACCUCAUGAUCUAUGCAAUCGAUCCUCAGACAAACCGUGCUAUAAUGAGGAAUGAACUUUUCAAAUUUCUGGAUGGCAAGCUUCUGGAUAUCAAUAAAGAAUUUCAACCAUACCUUGGGCAAGGAGGACGUAUUUUGGAAAUACGAACACCAGAUGUGGUGGCCAAUGUCAAAAAGCAGGCACAAGCUGUGGGCUACACCGAAGGAGCUUUGUUGGCCCUGGCUGUCAUCAUUAUCCUUUGCUGCAUGCCUGCUAUUUUAAUAGUUAUGGUCAGCUACAGACAGAGACAAGCUGAAUGUGCAAAGACAGCGCGCAUCCAGAUGGCCUUACCAGCUGGCAAAUCAGCAAGCAUCCCUGCCAAUAAUCUCUACGAAGAACUGGGUGACAGCACCAUUCUUUUUCUUCUCUACCGUUUUCAACAAAGCAGGAGAACAAAUAUAUUAUUAGAUGGAGGAGACCGUCAGAGAAUUAUUAGCAACUUUGCUUCUCGUGCAAUUGAGGCCCACAAGCGGUCUAAUAUCAAAGGAACAUUGAAAAAUAAUUUCCCCAAAUCUGCAAGCAAUGUUACAUUAUUAUCUGAUGAGACUCCCUUAACUAUCCGAAACCCUCUGUACGCUGAGAGUGCACUGCAUAGUUCCACUUCUGAGUUGUUACGCGAAAGCAAAUAUGCGGUGCCCCAUUUCUUUCGUACAAAGUCAGCUUUGAAAAACGUUCUGCUGAGCGGCACUUUGAAAGACAUUGAGCGGGCGUGGACUUUACCAAGCCAGCUUACCAAGAAAAAUAUUUUGCUCAUUAUGGACCCAAUUCAGUGGGACCAGGAGAAAAACAGAGUAAAGAAUGAAAGGGUUAGAAUCCAUCAAAGGAGAUCUGACAGUCUAGUCUUGAAGACCAGCAAUGUCACAAGGACAUCAGUUAGAGAGAAAGCGAGGCAGUUUGAGCAACAGGCUCUGCAAGAAAUGCAACAAAUGAAAUGCCAAGACAAGAAGGGUGGGCUUUCCCUCGCAAGUAGCACCUGUGCUCAAGAGGAAGAGAGAACAGUAGAACCAACUUCUGAGUGUCUUCUUCCCUCUUCAGGGUCUCCUGCACUUCCUUUUUCUUCUUUCCAAGCACGUUCUGAGGCGACUGAACUCAGAACCUCAACAGCACCAUCCAUUGCCAUCACUGACCAUGACAAUCCUGAACAGUUAUCCCUUCUACCAAGCUGUACAUCAACGCCUUCCCCUUUUAAGAUCAAAAUGUCUGACGAUGAAACCAAAAGCAUUCAAGACCUACCAGAACCUCCACUCCCACUUCCACCUCCUUCUCCAUCCCCUCCGCUGCUGCCUCCUCCCUCAUUAUCACUCCCCUUCCCUCCCUUUCCAAGGCUUUCCUCACCCAUUCAAAGCGCCCAACUUUUACAUGUUACAAAAUGUACCAAGUCGAGCUCCAAGCAAGCCACGGUGUCGUCGCAGGCUCGCGGGUCAGAGCCUUGCGAUUCUUCCGGCAAGCAACUGAAGGGGAUUCUUAAAAAUAUCCAUAACUUAGCAGACAUUGAAAAAUCAGUGGCCAAUAUGUACGGUCAGAUAAAUAAAAAUUACAUUCUGCCUAAAGACAUAGACAAGCCAAAGCCAAUAACAGAUACUGAAAUUGUAGCUGAAAUCGAGGAGUAUAACCAACAGAAUGGUAAUUUAAGCAGUUUAGCGGAGGAACAUGAAAAGCAAUUCUCACCUCAGGCAACUUCACCAUGAGAGUCCUGAGUGGUUUUAUGCAUGAUGUAUGUCGAGUGUAUCAUCCAACCCAUACAUCAUACACCCGAUCAGAAUAAUUUCUUUUUCUCUCUCCUUUCACUUCACAGUCUGCUAAUCUCUAAUGCUACUAUUCUUGAGCUGAUCCACGAUCUCAUCUUGGAAUGGUUAAUUAAUUGUUCAUUUCUUAGUUUGCCCAGGUCUAUGUCAAAGGGGAAAACGCGACAUUACAAUUCUAAGAGCCAUGAGUGCAUUUUAGCACAGUUAGGAUAGCUAAAUAGCAAAGGGGAUAUUUUAUUUGGUCAAAACCAGUGGUGAAAUCCAUUUUCUUUUUACUACCGGUUCUGUGGGCGUGGCUUGGUGGGCGUGGCAGGGGAAGGAUACUGCAAAAUCUCUAUUCCCAUCCCACUCUGGGGCCAGCCAGAGGUGGUAUUUGCCGGUUCUCCAAACUGCUCAAAAUUUCCGCUACCAGUUCUCCAGAAUCUGCUGGAUUUCACCCCUGGUUAAAACGGAUUGUCUCUGGAGAACAACUAUCCAUGAAUAAAGGAGAAUAUUUGUAGCUCAGGGUUGAAAGGAGGGAUCCUAGUUGCUCUCUGAGCCUGGUUGUUUUCUUGGCAGAUGUUUCAUUCUGCAAACGAAGUAACAUCAUUAAUGCUACUAGCACUGACAAUGUUACCUAGUUUGAGUAAUGAAACGUCUCCAAGAAAACAGCCAAGUUCAGAGAGCAACUCUUAUGGUCUGUAGGAAGGGAAUAUAUGGUUAAGUUCUCUAGUUAACCUUAACUUUUCACUGAAAAGCAUGGUUGGAUGUCAUCAGAAAACAAACGAUAACCACAACAAAUGGAUUUGGCAAAAAGAAAAAAAAAUGCAAUUAUUGCAAUAAUAUAAUCAUUUUUUCCCCUGUAAACUGGAGUGCUUUGUGCCAUGGCAACAGGUUUGUAGUUUUGAUGAUUUUUCUAUUUAUAAUUCUCCCUGUUAUCCCAGCAUGCCUUUUAUUACUUCUUUAUAUACUGAUACUGCAUAUUCUAAGUCUUAACUUUUGUAAUAUAUUUUCUGUAAAAAUCCUUUUUUUUUAAAAAAAAAAAAAAUGCUAUUAAAAAUACUUUUCUCUCUACUGCA